AGGCUACCAGUGAAGGGCGGGGCCUUGUCGUCGUCCUGCAGCCCCUGUGGUCUCUUCGCGGGGACGGCGGGACGCUGCCCCUUCCCCCGCCGAGCCUGCAGAGUGCGGGCGCAGUGCGUGUGUGCGUGCAGGGCCGCCCUCCGGCGGCGCAGGCCCGGCCUCGGCCUCGCCAGCCCCGCGAGGUGAUAUCAGCUGCUAACAUGCUCCCGCUUGACCUUAUCAGUGACAGGAGUCUGCAGAAAGAACAGCCAGGAAUGCUCAGUCACAUGCCCAUAAAGACAGCCAGGCAAUCAUGAAAGUUCUUUUACUGAAAGACUCAAAGGGGAAUGACUGCGGCCAGGAUCCCUACAUCAGGGAAUUAGCACUGCAUGGACUUCAAGCCACGUUGGUUCCUGUGUUGUCGUUUGAGUUUUUGUCUCUCUCCAGUCUCUCUGAGAAGCUGUCUCAUCCCGAGGAUUACGGGGGACUCAUCCUUACCAGCCCCAGAGCAGUGGAAGCGGUGGAGCUGUGUCUGGAGAAAGACAGUAAAACUGGAGCCUGGGAAAAGUCUCUGAAGGAGAACUGGAAUGCUAAGCCUGUGUAUGUGGUUGGAAAUGCUACUGCUUCUCUAGUGAGUAAAAUUGGCCUGGAUACUGAAGGAGAAAACUCUGGAAAUGCAGAAAAGCUUGCAGAGUACAUUUGUUCCAGGGAGCCGUCGGCCCUGCCUCUUCUGUUUCCCUGCGGGACACUCAAGGGAGAGAUCCUGCCGAAAAUGCUCAAGGACAAAGGGAUUCCUAUGGAGAGCUUAAAUGUCUAUCAGACAGUUCCACAUCCGGGAAUCCGAGAGAACCUGGGCAGCCACUAUUCCAAGCAGGGUGUCCCAGCCAGCAUCGCAUUUUUCAGUCCCUCUGGCCUUAAAUUCAGCCUCAAGUGUAUUCAGGAGUUAUCUGGUGAAGACAUGGAUCAAAUUAAGUUCAUAGCCAUCGGCCCCAGCACAGCCCGUGCUCUGGCUGCUGCAGGCCUGCCUGUGAGCUGCACCGCGGAGAGCCCCACACCGCAAGCCCUGGCCACCGCCAUCAAGAAGGCACUGCAGCUCCAAGGCCGCUGCUGAGCGGCUGGGCUUCACCCCAGGCAGCUGUCUUGGCCCUGCUCUUCCCUGGGGCAGUGGCAGUCUCAGGCUCGUGGGAAGCUGCCAUUGCCGAACUCCUACCUCAAACCUAAGUGGAAGCAUGGAGGUCAGAGAGGCUCAGCUCUGGGGCCCAGCAUGCACCUCACUAUACUCCAAGAAGGCCGACACCGAAACCUGGCCCAGGUGCACACGGGCUUCUAGACCCUGCACCCUAGGAUCAAAUAAACCACACUGAUGGUAUAUGCUCA